AUGGCUGCACUACCACCGAGGUUCACGGUCCCACCCUUGCCACCACGGAUACAUCGACAAGUGAAGGUCAAUGUGACCGAGGAAGGUGUCACGCUUGCUCCAGAGGACGGACAAGGCGUCUUGAUCAGGUGGGGAGUAAAGGGAAAGGUUGAAACGAUUGAUUGUGAACCUGGUGAAGUGACCUUGGGCGGUAUAUUAGGGAUCGUACGACUAUGGGAUGCACACGAUGUGCACGAUGAAUCGCGAAAUGAAUCUUCCAGCUCUCAUGAAGUGUAUUCACUGGACGAUAUACAUCCAAUUCCUCUAAGCUAUGACCUCGCCGCCAAAGCGCUGAAGAGACUGCUGGAUAUCCAAAUUUCUCGUCAACCGAAGACGAGAUCACGGUGGAGCCUGAAAUUACCCAUGCGAGGAGUGACUACGGAGGAGGAAUCUGAAGAAGGAGAAUCAUCAAAUGAAGAUACGCCUGAAGCUGAUGAGACGCCCAUGCCAUCAAAGACAAGAGAAUGGACCAAAUUCAUGCCUAAGAUUAGAAAGAAACAACCAACAGAUCCGAAAACAGCAGAACCUCUACCAAAUGAUCCUCCCCAGCGUGAAGAGCUCGAAGCUAAAAUUGUUCGACAGAUCAUACGUGAAUUCAGCUCAGGUUUUUUCUUCUCAUACGAUUUUGAUCUUACUCGCUCUUUGCAACAUAAGCGCCGAACAAUAGUUCAACGGAACGCAUCUCAUGUCGCAUUAUCCAACUUGAUACCUAAAGAUAAUUCUUUAUUCCCUCAAUCACCGGGAAGCGUGUUACCUCGACAUAUCGCUAGUGAAGAUGAUUUCAUUGAACCAGAUAUUCAAUUCCCGUUAUGGCGUAGAACGGAUAAACGAUUUUUCUGGAACGAAAAUUUAAUGAAAGACUUCAUCGAUUUAGGUCUUCAUUCAUAUAUCGUACCAAUGAUGCAAGGUUGGGUACAAUCUUCCUCAUUCGCCAUUCCUAUUCCGCCAAAUCCUCUCGAGCCCGCUACCUCUCUCGGAACAGUACCAGUCGAUUUAGUAGUAAUAUCAAGGAGAAGCAGGGAUAGAGCGGGUCUGCGAUAUCAGAGACGAGGUAUCGAUGAUGAAGGUCACGUAGCCAAUAUGGUAGAAACCGAGAUGAUCGUUAGAGCCAAGACUAUAAUCAAUUUAUCCGAGCAAGAAGGUAAAGAGGCUGUUGUAACGAAUGGAUAUCGUGAUCUGGUAGAAAGCUUAGAUAGAAAAGAUGUAACGUGA